GCCUCAAUGUAUCUUCUUCCCAACAAAACCCUUAAUCGCUUACUUAUAUUGCUUUGCCUCUUUAGAUCAGCCCAAGUGUUCAGUGUCUUCUUUACAACAAAACCCUUUUCACUCAUAUUGCGCGCUUUGGCUCUCUAGAUCUCAAUAUUUUCUUCACUACCAUUAUUGACCCCUGCAACUGCAUUUUCAAAAAAGGAUGGAUAGGGUGACAAAAUUGGCACCACAGAGGGCAGUGGUGAUCUUCAGCAAGAGCUCGUGCAGCAUGUGUCAUGCUGUCAAGAGAUUGUUUUAUGAACUUGGGGUGAGUCCAGCAAUUCAUGAGCUUGAUGAAGACUCUAGGGGGAGAGAAAUGGAGUGGGCACUCAUGAGGCUUGGGUUUAACCCUUCAGUACCUGCUGUGUUCAUAGGAGGUAAACUAGUGGGUUCAACCAAUGAUGUCAUGACUCUCCAUCUUAAUGGUUCAUUGAUACCAAUGCUCAAAGAUGCAGGUGCUAUUUGGCUUUAGUA